UAAUUUCCGCUUUAUUACAUUAUUCUUUCCUUUCCUCCAAAAAAAAAAAACCCCACAAAUAAUUUCAAACUCUCUCUCUUUCUCUCUCAUCAAAGAAUGCCCCAAGUUGAUCUCGCCUCAGUUUGCGCCGGCGUCGCACACGACCGCAAAGUCACCUGCGAAACCACAGCCGACGAUUCCACGGCGGAGGAACCGAUCCCACCACCGGAUUACGCGCCGGAAUCAUUCUGGCUCUCCAAAGACGCCGAACUCGAUUGGCUCGAUCGCAACGCAUUUCUCGACCGGAAAGAUUCCGGCAAAGGUGGGCCCAACUCUAAUUCCAGUAGCCUAAACCCGGUUCAUGUUUCCGCCGGUUCACAGCGUUAUUCGGCGAAUUUGAAGUCAAAAGCGUCGUUAAUCGCUCUUCCUAAACCGCAGAAACAGAAUUACGCUGAAGUGAAAAACCGGCGACAUUGUCGGCCGUCGAGCGUGCGGCUGUUUCCGAAACGGUCUGAACCGGUCGGGAAACCGGUGACGGAACCGGGUUCGCCGAAGGUUUCUUGUAUGGGAAGGGUGAAGUCGAGGAAAGGGAGUAGAAGUGGGAAGAACCGGAAGAAGGUAAUCGAACCGGGUUUGGUUAGGAAUAAGAGUGUAAAGGAAAGGAAACCCGGGUUUUGGAAGAAUUUCCGCUCUAUCUUCCGGUCCAAAGGGGGUAAUAAAUUAGAUGUACAACUUCAACGAGGAGAUGAUGAGGAAUUUGUUGGAGUGACUAAGAGGAAUAACUCCAACUCCAAGAAAAAACGCGGGUUUAAUUCGAAUAAUUGCGACGGUUUGAGUGAAGCAGGAUCGGUUCAACCGUCCGGUUUAGGGGGAAUGAAGCGGUUUGCUUCGGGCCGGAAAUCGGAUAGUUGGGCCGGUGACGUGGAGGUUGACGGGGCGAAAUCUGAGCCGUUGGAUGGUGGUCCGAUCUGGCGGCGGAGAGAGGUGGGCCCACCUGUAGAGGUAGAUGUGGAUCGUGAUUGGCGGGCGGUGGGACCCAUGUCUGUAUGACGUGGGAGAAGGUUAGUGGGUCCCUUUUUGAUAGGGUGACGUCAGGAUUUAUAUAUAUACACGUCAAAAUUUAUGAGCUUCAAAAAUUCGAGUGUUUUUAUAUUUUGUUGGGUCAUUUUUGACAUUGGUGUAAUGGUGUGUGUCGUUGUUGUUUCAACUUCACGUCUGAGUUUUUAUAUAUGUUCAUACUUUAGGUUAUAGGAUUUUUCAUAUUUUUAGUGACAUGGUUGAAGAAUUUUGUUAUAUAGUUUGUAUAUACAAUUUGUGAUUUCUUCUUCUAUAUAGAGUUCAUGAUCUUUUUAAUUUACUUUUUGAUCAAAAAUAGUUAUCACGAUAAAUUAAGAUGGAUAACUGGAAUUGUUGUAACUCAAGUACUCGACAACACUGAAUGUUAGGACUUGGGAGUCUUAAGCGUGUGAAUUUGAAAUUCAUGUAAACUUAUCAAUCUUGCUUUUUAUAGAUAAAACUUUAGACUUGGUUAAUCAUAUAUCGCAUCAGUGGUGGUUUCAAAAAAAAUUUCUUAUGGGUUCGGAGUCAGUCAACAUAGAUAAAAUAAAAUAGCAUAAUCUAUAAUUUAAAACGUAAUAUAUUGUAACUAAUUAUAUGGGUGUACA